UCUUCCUCUUCUCUGCCGUCUGUUGCUUCAGUCAUAAUACUUUCAUAAAAGAAAACCGGCCGUUGUAAUAUAGGAUCAAAUUGAUGCCAUCACAUUUGUUUACACCAUCCAGACGUGCGCGCUCGCUUUUAAUAAAUAGUUUUAUAUAGAAAAGUUAAAGAUGGAUUUUAACGUGAAGAGACUGGCAGCGGACGCUGGUACUUUAUUCAGUCGGGCAGUGCAAUUCACAGAAGAAAAAUUCGGCCAGGCUGAGAAGACCGAGUUGGACGCACAUUUGGAGAAUCUCCUCAUCAGAGCUGAAAGCACUAAACACUGGACAGAGAAGAUUUUGAAGCAGACAGAAGUGUUACUCCAACCAAACCCGAAUGUCAGAAUAGAAGAAUUCUUGUAUGAAAAACUGGACAAAAAGGUGCCAACACGGAUAAACAACCAUGACCUUCUGGGUCAGUCCAUGAUUGAUUCUGGGACUGAAUUUGGGCCUGGAACGGCCUAUGGAAACGCUCUGAUAAAAUGCGGCGAGACAGAGAAGCAGAUUGGAGGAGCAGAGCGAGAGUUCAUUCAGAGCUCUGCCAUCAAUUUCCUCACGCCUUUCCGCAACUUUUUAGAAGGAGACUUCAAGACUAUAUUGAAAGAGCGCAAACUGCUUCAAAACAAACGACUGGACCUUGAUGCUGCAAAGACCAAGCUAAAGAAAGCCAAAAUGGCUGAUGCCAGAGCUCUGCCCCUCAGAACUUCCCCUCCACCAGGGGACGCUGGCUAUGUUGCCAAUUUCUCCUUCAUGGUGAAUUUCCUCUAUGUGAAGUGGCUGAAGGCCGAGCAGGACCUGAAGAUGACACAGAGUGAGUUUGACAGACAGGCAGAGAUCACCAGGCUUCUUCUGGAAGGAAUCAGCAGUACGCAUGCCCAUCAUCUCCGCUGUCUCAAUGACUUUGUGGAGGCUCAGAUGACAUAUUACGCCCAGUGUUACCAGUACAUGGUCAACCUCCAAAAGCAGUUGGGAAGCUUCCCUUCGGCUUUCUCUUCCAACAACAACCAGUCAACAGCCAGCGCCGCAGCCAGUAUCUCCGUACCCAUCCUGCCGCUCUCAGCCCCUCUUCCUGCCAACUCAACCAAUGCAUCUUCAGGUUUCACCGAGCUGCAAAACUUCAGCGGGAGCCGUAAAGCACGGGUGCUGUACGAUUAUGAUGCUGCAGGCAGCAACGAGCUCUCCUUAUUGGCCGAUGAGGUGAUCAUGGUGAGCAGCGUUCCAGGCAUGGACUCUGAUUGGCUGAUGGGUGAACGUGGAAAUCAGAAGGGAAAAGUGCCUAUUACUUAUUUGGAGCUACUAAAUUAAGAGAGGAAAAACAAGUAUUGUUGGAAACAGAAACAUAUUGUGUAUUCCAGCUGUGCUGCGUACCGUAAAUGCAACUUUGACAUCUUUUGCUGCUUACAUGCAACAGUAUUUUAUUGGAUGUGACAUCUUGCAGUCCCAGAACGGGAAGUGGUUUUAACCGGACGAGUGUUUACAAAUGAAUUAAAGCAGAAUUUUUUUUUUUAAAUGCUUUUGUUGUGACAUGCCUAUAUAUUAUAUAAAAA